AUGAUAAUAUCCUCAACUGACAGCAGACGUCUCACAAAUCCAGUUGAUGUAUUUUGUUCGGUACCAGGACGUCUCUCCCUCUUGAGUUCGACAUCCAAGUACAAAGUCACUGUCUCGGAAGUCCAAAGACGACUGUCCCCACCUGAAUGCCUCAAUGCCUCCCUCCUUGGUGGAGUCCUGAGAAGGGCGAAAUCUAAGAACGGUGGUCGUUCGUUAAGGGAUCGAUUGGAUAAAAUUGGAUUGAGUUUACCUGCUGGUCGUAGAAAAGCAGCAACUGUUACAUUAUUCACUUCUCUUGUUGAAGUUGACUUCUGGCUUCCCAGUAUCUCUGGGUCUCUGUCGUUGUCUUUGGAGCUGGACACCGAAUCAGGUGGGUCUACUCCACUUUCUCCCUUAGGUCCCAUAAGGGGCAUGUGGGUUGAGCGUAUACUCCCAAUCUGUGAAGGUCCAUGCGAAGCUGUACGAUUGGCAAAGGAUUUCAACUACAUCUGCGAAAAUGAAUUUCCUCUCAUCGCAUGUGCUGAUGCCUUAAUAAAAAGUACCUCCUUAAACACUCCAAGUGCUAUUUUGACUAGGAGAAGUCAAAUUCUCGCGGCCAGACAGGUAGUGAUGGAAGUGGUGGAGGCCAUAGGUUCAGAUGUCUGUCGUGGGCAGACAUGGAGACCUCCAACAUCUAGUUCCAGGCAGGAUGUUUCCCUUGGGAGUCAUCGAUCUCUCACCAACUUCAACUUGAUAACCCACGGGUUCGGGUGUCCAGCGGUGCUUGGAGUACUUAACAUUCUCCAGAAACUCCUUUUCGAGACCAUUAGAGUAAUGGAUAAAGAUUUUAUGCCAACAGUAAAUUCCGGUUUCGAGAGAAACCAACAAACCUUGAUUUUGCCUAAUUCUGAAAGUACUACUCCAACCGCACGUUAUAUGGACACCGGAACUUUACAGCAGCAACAUCAUAGAAAUCCAUACCCUAACUUACAUAAUUUUUCUGAAAAGAAUGAGUAA